AUGGAUAAACAAUAUAGAUUUCAAUUAUUUAAAUCAAUAAUAUUAAAUAGAUACUUGUUUAAUAAUAUCAAAUCAUUUAUUAAAGAGAUUCAUAAAGGAGGAGGAAUCAAAUAUCAAUAUGCAUCAUGUGGUUUCAUAGAGAGACGAAAAGAUAUCUAUCUGUUGCUAGACAAGAUGCGAGCAUCAAAGAACUUUUGUAUAUCACAAUCGUUGGUUGAAAUGUUUCUUCGUCAUGUAAAGUGUCCGAAACAAUUAGAAUAUGUGUGCAAAGAGGCAGAACAGAUACUACAAUGCAACAACACGUCGGUGAUUAAAUGGUUUUGUCAGAGAACGCCAGACACAUUCACAGAGAAAGAAAAGGAGUGCUUUGUCGUACUACACGAACGAGGGUAUCGCGACCCCACAUCUUUCAUGUUUGCAUGCUCCACCAAUGACGUUGAUUUUAUUCGAUGGGUACAUCAAUCGUAUCAAGACACUGAAAUUAGUACCAAAAAUAUUAUACAACUACUUGCAAGACAAUCUACAUUGGAAGUUAUUAAAUUGGUUUACGAGUAUACUCUAAAUGGCAAGCUCUUAAUACUAGAGACUAUUACUACUACUGCGACGGCAGAUGAAAAAAAGAGUGCAAUAGAGAGUAUUCCAUUUAGUAACAUGACACCGACUAAAUUAGAGAUUGUUAAAUUCCUUCAUCAACAAUGGAAUCAAAAAUGUACACCAAAUGCAUUACGUCGUGCAGCCAAAGAGAAUGAUAUAGAAUCAUUAUGUUAUAUUCACAAGAAUCUGUAUCAUGUCAAACCGGGACAAGACUUGUUUGGUAGUGAGACACUUUCAAUAGCUGCCAAACAAGGUUACGAUAAAGUAUUUGGAAGAUUAUUGGAAUUGGAUUUAGUGAAUGCACGUCAAUACAUAAAGACAAAAGGAAUUAAAUGUAAAACAGUAGAGAUUAUCAAUAUUGUCAAUGCAUUAGAGGGAUGUGAUGAUUCCUUUUUUGUACCAACACUACGUUGGGCUGCCAAAACUGGUUCAUUGGAUUUAAUCAAACAUAUAGAAUCAAUUGGUCAUCUAGAAAAUGUUGUUCGAUGCAAUAGAUUAUGUGAUUCAAUCGUUACACUUGCCUCAUUGUUUGGUCAUUUGGAUGUAUUACAGUACCUUUAUCAAUUCAACAAUGAAAUUAAUUUACAAGAGACUGCUAAAUCUGAAAAUAUAGAACUUGUCAAAUGGGCACUCUCUACAAUGACCAACAUUGACGGUGAUGAAUUAGCAAAUUAUUGUCAACGAGCAAUCGCUUCAAAUCAAAUCCCAACACUAGAUUAUAUUGCACGUCAAUUUGGUACACGGUUUUCUCUACCACUUUGUUCAAUAGGCCAUCAAACAUGUCCAGAAAUCAAACAAUCAACAGCAGUCUAUAUACUAGAAGACCCAUUUGGGAGUACUUAUUAUCGACUAGUUUCACUCACUCCUGUGAUCAAUUGGCACAUUUCACCACUGGUAUUUAAACAUUUCGAGUAUGACUCGUCACACAUUUCACACUACUUUUACAAAUUGCUUUGGGAGGGUAAUCUUCAAGACGCUGAAAACCUUCUCGAGAUUGCACUGAAAAACAAACUAUACACUAAUCCAUCGUCAAUCUGUCAUUUACUUGCCAACCCAAAGGCACAUGAUAUUGUCAAAUUGUAUCGAUUUAUGGAAACUCUAUUCCGUCGAAUGGGUCAAGAUAUUGGUAAAGAUGCAAACUCUAUAAACAGUUAUAUUGGUAAUCCAAACACACCACUAGACGAGAUUCUUUUAGUGAUUGAAGAAUUUCACAAGAAAAAAGAAGCUCGUCAUGUCUUGUCUAUCGAUUUGCGAUCUCUACUCGACAAGUCUUUGGUUGCAUUUGAAACGAUUUGGGACAUGUCAUAUGCAUCAAAAGACCCUGACCUUGAUUUUGUAAACGUUCAACGUCGAUCAACUGAAAAGGUUUUUUAUCAAAUCAAGAAUUUAUAG